GGCAACUUUUGUCCUUAGCGGUACGAAGGGAAAACGCUGUCGAUCGAAGCGGUGCAUUUCAGCUGAUGUUGUUAGUCGGCGGAAACCGGAACCCAAAACUGAAAACUAGCGUUCCUCAGCCCAUUCAUUUAAAUAAAAGUUACAAAGUACACCUAAAUUUGCACGCACAUUCAGUGAAGUUAUGGAUUUAUGCAAAUAGAGCUAUAUGGCAAAAUAGAAAAUGCAUCUGCAGUGACAGGCUGAAAAGCACAUAUAUAUUUCGGAAAUCAUGUGCAGAUUUUAGACAGCCGGAGUGAAGGAGAGGGCUCAUUGGCCCGCUGACCUGUCAAUGGCAUUUAUCGAUAUCGAAACUAUAUCUAUGUAGAUGGACAACGAUGUAAUCAUGAGAAGUGGCGCAUAGAGUAGAAAAAGUUUUGCGCCCGAAAGUUUGGACUAAUAGAAAAUAUGGCCGGCCAUUGAGUUUGGCCAAAGAGAGCAAAGUUGCCGCUUUUCUGCCCGCCUCGUCCUCCGACGUCCAGCGAUAUUGUUCCAUGUGGCCGGGGACCAGGAUCGAAAUCAGCUGGGGACUUUAAAGGCGACUGGCCACCAUGGACCUUGGCCGUUGGCUGCUGCAGCUCGGCGUGCACAUGCUGCUGGUUGUGCGGCGCAUUCAGUGUCUACGUGUGACUGACAUCAAUGUGCCACAAAUUGUUGAUUUUCGUGAUAACGUGACAUUAUCCUGCAGCUACGACAUAAGUGGUCACACGUUAAAUUCGGUUAAGUGGUACAAAAACGGAAAGGAGUUUUUUAGAUACUCGCCCCUCACCCCGCCCACCUACAUCCCGUUCGCGGUGGAGGGCGUGCAGCUGAUCGAUGACGGCAACGAGUGCAACGAAUCCUCCUGUCGCGUGGAGCUCAAUUUAUUGGGCGUCAAGUCGUCGGGCGUCUACAGGUGCGAAGUGUCCGGCGAUGCUCCCCACUUUCAGCUAACUGCACGGGAUGCCAACAUGACCGUCGAAGCACUACCCCAGAACAAUCCACUAAUAAGCAGUUUUCACUCGACAUACCGCUUCGAUGACUUCGUGCAGGUCAACUGCAGCACAGACUUUUCCAGCCUGUUCACUAGGAUCACUUGGUAUGUCAACGGGAUACAGGUAUCCCUCGUGGAUCUUCUGCCCAGCAUUGAGACCACGAUCGUGGCCCAUGGAUACAGCAUGCGUCGCAUUAUUUCUCAGCUUAAUUUCUACGCCAACGAACCGCGCUUCCAUCAGUUGCAAUUGCAAAAGCUGAUCCAGCAAAAGAGGACAAUCUCACCGGCCCGACUUGGCCUUGAACUGCGUUGUGUGGCAGAGGUCGAUCGGUUUCCUCAUCUUCAGCGCGAGGGAAGCAUGUUCGCCCAGCUCUUCCGGGACGAAAUCGACCAGAAGAACCAGAAGCUGAUCAACUCAAGAUCCGUUGCCACUCGGAGUGCACAAGUGCAACAUCUGCUGCUGGUGGCAAUCGCGAUGACGAUGACCGCAGCGCGACUCUUCACACCGCUGACAUUUCAAUAUGGCGCACGGAAGUCGGCGCGCUACAAAAUGGCGGCGACGCCAUUGACGCCUUGUUUCCGGUUUUGAUUGCCUUUUUUUUUGCUUUUGUUUGUUAACCAUUUUUGUAGCUCUAAGCAACUGAAAUGCACGUGAGAAUUUACAAACUAAAUCAAUGUAAUAUUUAUGUAUUAUUGUAAUAAAUGUCACAGAAUAAAGUCGAGGAGAAUUUAACUUAGGACUAGGCAAGCGAAUCCUGUAAAUAGCCUUUAAGUGUGCAAUCGAAUUAUAAGAACACAAUGAAAUCUUCGUCAAUAAAA